UUUUACAGUCUAAUUUCCUUUUAUUAUUCCAUCUAAAUCCUGUCAUCUUGUUCGUGUCAAUACUCAUGCUGCGAAUAUCUCAAACCCAAAUGCUUCUUAAUGCAAGAGCUCUGGUUUUGCUCCACAUUCUUGUCUGCUCAUUAUUGCCAGGUACAUUUAGCCUGAGGUCUGGUACCCUGAGUGAUAUCUCUUGCUUGAAAUCAAUUACAGAUUCCUUUGAGGACCCUCUCAAUAGCGUAAAAUCUUCUUGGACUUUCAACAAACUUAAAGAAGGUUCUUUCUGUGGGUAUGUUGGGGUCACUUGUUGGAACUCAUUUAGGGUACGAGGUUUAGAUCUAGCUAACAAGGGGCUCAAGGGCGAGUUCCCUAGGGGCCUUGUGAACUGCAGCGAACUAUUAAUGUUAGACCUUUCAGUGCCAGACUUUGUCAGCAGGGAUACAAUCACGUCUGAGAGCUAUGUAAAUAAUAGUGGACUUUGUGGAGGGCCUUUGGAUUGCUGUAAAAAUGAUGGUGGAUGUUCCUUUGAAGGUUCAUUCAAAAUUGGAUUUAAACUUGGUUUUAUACUGUUUUGCUCUCUUGUAAUAAAUACAUAUAUUUUAUGGUGCGAUCCGGUGAGAAUCGUGACAUCAUAUAAGAAGAAUGAAACGAUGCCCACAAAGACAACAGUGUUGAACUUGGAGGAGCGUAGGAAGAACAAGGGUAAACAAGUUGAUCAAAUUACCCCAUUGCCAACCAAGGGCCUUCAUCAAGAAGAAAUCAUACCGGUUCCAGAGUUGGAGAGACUGGUUAGUAUAAUGAACAUUAUAGAACUUAGUGAGGCAACUGGCAAUUUCAGCAUAGGCAAUGUCAUUGGGUUUGGAAAGAUCGGAAUGAUGUACAAGGGAGUGCUUUCAAAUGGUCGGCCUUCUGCGAUCAAGAGGUUACUUAAUUCUCAAUGUUUUGAGAAACAGUUUAUUUCUGAGCUAUUGGCUCUAGGUAGAUUGAGACACAAUAACAUAGUUCCUCUUUUAGGAUACUGUAUAGAAGGCAAGGAAAAGCUUUUAGUGUACAAAUAUAUAUCGAAUGGUAACCUUUAUGAUUGGCUACAUGUAGCGAAAGGCAAGCAUAAGAUCUUGGAAUGGCCUUUGAGGAUAAAAAUUGCUAUGGGGAUAGUAAGAGGCCUAGUAUGGCUUCACCAUAAAUGCAAUUUCCGAGUGGUCCAUCUUAACUUGUGUUCAAACUCUAUCUUACUUGAUCAGAAUUUUGAGCCCAAGAUAUCGAAUUUCGGUGAGUCAAUAAUAUCAAAUUUUGGUGGGGAAAUGUUCAAGAACCCAAGAGGCAAUAACAUUUUUAUAGGCAGUGAUGUUUGGGAGUUGGGGUAUGUAAAAAAGGAUGUCUACGACUUUGGAAUUUUGCUUCUUGAGCUAAUUAUAGGGAAGGAAUCCAUUGAAAUUAAUAAUUAUGCCAACAAAUCAAAUGAGAAUUUGGUUGAUUGGAUUGCUCAUCUUUUGAACUCUUCUGAUCUCUACAAUGUGAUUGAUGAAUCUUUGAUUGGUAGAGGAUUUGAAGAUGAAAUCUUUGAGUUACUUAGAAUUGCAUAUACUUGUCUUCAGCUCUUUCCUAGUAAAAGGCCGACCACGCUUGAACUAUACAAUACAAUACGUAUUUUUGGGGAAAGAUAUUGCCUCACAAAUGACUCUGAGAUAUUGAGACAAUCUGAAAUUGCCACUGCAAGUACCAUUUGUGAAAUUGUAGAGGUCGAAAUUACAUAGGCCAAUUAUAGCAUGGCAUCCAAACUCCAAAGUGUAAUAUUUACGUAGAGAAAAUCCGUAAUGAAUUUGGGUUUAUGUUUGUUUUCUAUGGUCAUCUACUGCAGUUUGUUUGUUUGUUUG